AUACAAGUACCAGUUAUUACUCCAUACCCCUCCAGCUCCCUCACAUGUACCCUUCCUCACCAGCAUCGUCGCUCCCAGCCUCUCUCUCCUCCUCGUAGCUUUCCUUUUUGCAUGUGCAUCGAUUGUGUCCGAGCAUGUGCGCGUGCACCUGCAUGUGAGUCAGCUGCAUCCUCAGCACCUGGGACAUUACUUCCAGCCUCCGCACGGGAAGCUUCACUGACGCUCUCUGCAGAAAUACCCUGGUGGUUCCCAGGUUUGUCAGGACUCCAACGCAGAAUAUCUGUGGGUGUGUAAGAGAGGAGAGGGAGGCCAACAUGGGUUCCAGCUCUUCCUCCUAUGCCCCCAAAACUAUUUACCUGGAUGUGGAUGGAAAGGUGCAGAAGGUGGUGUUCAGCUGCCAUUGCAGCCCAUGUGACAUCAAGGAACUUCUGUGUUCAUCAUCUAACAUUCCCAGGAACACUGCCGUUAUGAUGGUGAAUCCAGAGGGUGCCUUGGUCUCCAUCGAUCCAACCAUGCCUACCAACUCUCCAAACUUUUUGUACAAAGUUGUUCCACUGUCUACUGCUCAGCUCGGAGAGAAGGAGGACAUGUUUCAGAACGUGCUGUCCCAAGUCGCUGAGCAGUUCAGCAGAGCCUUUCGCAUCAAUGAGUUAAAGACUGAGGUCACCAACAGGAUAGCCAUGUUGGAAAAGAGGGUAGAGUUGGAGGGCUUGAAAGUAGUGGAGAUUGAGAAGUGUAAAAAUGAACUGAAGAAGCUUCGAGACGAAAUGACUUCAAGAGGUGGUGGCAGGGUAAACUGUCCAUGUAAGUACAACUUCUCAGAUGAUGGGAAGAAAGUCACUCCAAGACGAGAUGUCCCCAGUUACCCAAAGUACACGCUGUCUCAGGAGACUAUUGAGGCGCUGAAGAAGCCAACAUUUGAUGUAUGGCACUGGGAACACAACGAGAUGCUGAGCUGUUUGGAGUACAUGUACCAUGACUUGGGACUGGUGAAGGAAUUCAAUAUGAACCCCAUCACCCUGAAACGCUGGCUGCUGGCAGUUCAGGAGAACUACCGUAACAACCCUUUCCACAACUUUCGUCACUGCUUCUGUGUUAGUCAGAUGAUGUAUGGCAUGAUUCAUCUCUGCAAUCUGCAGGAGAAGCUGACGCUCACAGAUAUGGGCAUUUUAAUGACAGCUGCAGUGUGUCACGACCUGGACCACCCGGGCUACAACAACACGUACCAAAUCAAUGCUCGCACAGAGCUGGCAGUGCGCUACAACGACAUCUCUCCGCUGGAGAACCAUCACUGUGCCGUGGCUUUCCAGAUCCUCUCUCUUCCCGAGUGCAAUAUCUUUGCAAAUGUAGAUCCCGAAGCUUUCAAACAGAUCCGAAAGGCAAUUAUCGCCCUCAUUCUGGCCACCGAUAUGGCCAGACACGGAGAGAUACUAGAGUCUUUUAAGCAAAAAGUGGACAACUUUGACUUCACCAAUGAAGAGCAUGUGACAUGUCUGAAGAUGGUUCUGAUCAAGUGCUGUGAUAUUUCCAACGAGGUGAGGCCAACUGAGGUUGCUGAGCCAUGGGUGGACUGUCUACUUGAGGAGUACUUUAUGCAGAGUGACAGGGAGAAAUCUGAGGGUCUCCCCGUCGCUCCCUUCAUGGACAGGGAUAAAGUUACCAAACCCACAGCUCAAAUUGGAUUCAUCAAGUUUGUCCUUAUCCCAAUGUUUGAGACUGUCAUGAAGCUUUUCCCUCAGAUUGAAGAAUUAAUGGUUCAGCCUUUGAGAGACUCUCGUGACCACUAUGAGGAACUGAAGCAGAUUGAUGAUGCUAUGACAGAGGCACAGAAGAAAAAAACUGAAAAUAUGUCAUUAGGCGGGAGGAAGAAAUAAGCUCUGCAGUGAGUGAGUACAGUGGUAUGUGUGUGAGUAAAACAACCGAGUCCUUGAUUGUGCUUUAGUUCAGUGUUAGUUUCAUGAGUGCUCUCUGUCUCUGCCUCUCUCCACAACUUGUCUCUAAACUGAACUCUAUCUGUAAAAGGUGACCUUUAGAAAUGUGCAAGAUUUUCAUCACUUUGGAUUCAGCACGCACUUGAUGUCAAUGUACACUUAAAUUAAUUUAUAUUUAAUUAUGUAUGGAAAAAGUGUGAAGCUCUUGACUGAACAAUAUUAGAACAGAUUACAAAUUAUAAAGAAAACUGAGCAGGAAGGAAAAAAUUGCAAAAUUCAUAAAAUGGUCCAUUUAAAUUUAAGGCUUGCAUAUAAAUAUAUUUUUUCCAUGGCUCAGAUGAUGAAAACAAACUGUUGAAAUUGUUGCUCGUCUACAGUGACAACAAACAACAGUUUCUGCUCAUGAGCUAAAACUUUAAACUUCUUUUUCUUCAUCUCACAUUGAGGUUUUUCACAGAAAAAGAACAAAGACUCUGAGUAAGUUUUGACUUUCCACAAAAGGAAGUCAAUUUCUCACUCAAAGCUCUAAGACAACUUCUAUCCGACUGACUUUUUCUGUGGUGGGUGAUUGCAUCCAGAAUGAGUUUCUAACGAGUUCUUGUUAAAAUCUAGUUUUUAGUUUCCGUUUUGGCGCUUUAGGUCCAGCUGCCUCUCUCUACCUAAUUACAGCCAUUAUUUCAUUCCAGGGAUCAUCUUUUAUGAUCACAUUCAGGACAGACUUAAAAAAGUGUGAGUGAGGCUCCAGUGAAGACAUCCAGCACUACGUUCCGAAGAUGGCAGAUGGCAAAGAAAAAAGGGACACUGCUUCGUUACACUCUGGACUAAAAUAGGCAUCAAGGUGGCAUAUCUUGAACUUUGACUUCUGCACUGGAGGUUAAAGAGCGGGACCUGCUGAUGUUUUUGUAUAUUUAUGGACUUUAUGUUGCUGGCCCUAGUCAUUUUCAUAGUCUGAUCAUUUUGAACAAUUUCUCCAAAGGCAAGCUUAAAGCAUUAUUUUAAGAUUCAUUUUGAAGUAUUUUACCAAUAAUUUUUUUCACCAGAAUAAAAAUGGGGUUUUUUUCCCCUAAAUUCUGGAGUAGGAAAAAAAAAGCACCAAAGUGAGAUUUUCUGUGUUUUCCUAACAAUUUUAAUGAAAUAAAUUCAUAUAGGGGCAUGGAGUGUCCAGUGUUUUUCCCUAAUUGUUUACAUAUAUAGCACCAAAUCACAACAACAACAGCAAUGCGCUUUUGCAUUGUAAGUUAAAAGUCCUUCAAUAAUACAGAGAAAAUCCCAACAAUCAGAUGACCUCCUAACAGCAAAUAUUUGAUGAUAGUGGGAAGGAAAAACUCAAACUCCCUUUUAACAGGAAGAAAC